AUGUCAAACUCGCCGCAGCCUCGAUUCGAAACGCUACAACUCCAUGCCGGUCAUGAACCUGACUCGGCCACCAAUUCCCGGGCAGUGCCCAUCUACGCGACUACGUCGUACCAGUUCAAUGAUUCGGCACAUGGGGCCAGGCUCUUCGGCCUUAAAGAGUUCGGCAACAUCUACAGUCGAAUCAUGAAUCCGACGGUGGAUGUCUUUGAAAAACGAAUUGCGGCCCUGGAAGGGGGAGUGGCGGCCGUGGCAGCCUCUUCGGGACAGGCCGCUCAGUUCAUGGCAAUCUCGGCGCUGGCGCAUGCUGGCGACAACAUCGUGUCGACCAGUAACUUAUACGGCGGCACGUAUAAUCAGUUCAAGGUCCUGUUCCCGCGGCUGGGAAUCACCACCAAAUUCAUACAGGGAGAAAACCCGAGUGACAUUGCCGCUGCCAUCGAUGACCACACGAAGGCCGUCUACGUCGAGACAAUCGGAAACCCUCGGUACAACGUACCUGACUUCGAGGCAAUUGCCAAGGUCGCUCAUGAAAAGGGCGUUCCGUUGGUGGUCGACAACACAUUUGGGGCUGGCGGUUACUUCUGUCGUCCCAUCGAGCACGGGGCCGACAUAGUCGUCCACAGCGCAACCAAAUGGAUCGGGGGCCACGGCACCACCAUCGGCGGCGUCGUGGUCGACAGCGGGAAGUUUGACUGGGGCAAACACGCCGCCCGCUUCCCCCAGUUCGUCGAGCCCUCCCAAGGCUAUCACGGCCUGAAAUUCUGGGAGACCUUCGGUCCGCUUGCGUUUGCGAUCCGGGUUCGCGUGGAAAUCCUCCGCGACGUGGGUUCCGCGCUCAACCCCUUCGCCGCGCAGCAGCUCUUGCUGGGGCUGGAGACCCUCAGUCUGCGUGCCGAGCGCCACGCAGACAACGCACGGGUUUUGGUUGACUGGCUUCGGAACAACGAGAACGUAAGUUGGGUCUCGUACCCCGGAUUAGCAAACCACCCCAGCCACGAAACCGCCCGGCGCUAUUUGCCGCGCGGGUUUGGCGGUGUUUUUUCCUUCGGCGUCAAGGGGGGCGCGGCGGCCGGUAGUCAGGUCGUCGACGGCUUCAAAUUGAUCUCCAAUCUUGCCAACGUGGGCGAUUCCAAAACGCUGGCCAUCCACCCUUGGUCAACCACGCACGAGCAGCUGACGGAGCAGGAACGCCUGGAUUCCGGGGUCACUGAGGACGGGAUACGGAUAUCGGUGGGCACCGAACAUAUCGACGAUAUUAUUGCGGAUUUCACCCAAUCCUUCCAGGCCGCAGGGAAUACAAAGCUUAAAGGUAUUAUGCUUUUCGCUCAACAAGCGCCGCAUCUCGCUCGGGCGGACGAGCUGAGACAGGAGCCUCCGAAAGGAACUCCUUACUCCGUCGGCCUGCCGGGAACCGAAAAGCCCGGUAGGAGCAAGAUCUACCGCGCCCACAGCGCCCAGAAGGGGCUUGUGAAGACGUUAGAUCCGCAGGUCCUCACCGCACACGACGCAUUCGAGUCAACCGCCAACCGAGUUCCCAAAAACCACUGUCUCGGAUGGCGCCCUUAUAACCAGGAUACCAAAACUUUCGGCUCAUACCAGUGGAUUGACUACCAGACGGUCCAACAGCGGCGGGCGGCCUUUGGUGCCGGCCUGGUGGAAUUGCAUCUGAAGCACGACUGCCACCGUCCCGGUCAGUAUGGUGUUGGUCUGUGGUGUCAAAACCGCCCGGAAUGGCAAAUUACCGACCUUGCGUGCAUGUCCCAGAGCCUCUUUUCCGUAUCCAUUUACGACGUUCUGGCCGCGGAUGCCACCGAGUACAUCAUCAAUCACGCGGAGCUUCACUGCGUCGUGACCUCGCUGCCACAUAUCCCCACGUUGCUCAAGUUGAAGCCUCUGCUGCCAAAUCUGAAGAUCAUCGUCAGUCUCGAUCCCUUGGACGCUGGUGAACAGGCCGGCCAUUCGAAGCGGGCCCUCCUCGAGUCCGUCGCUGCCGGACAAGACGUCGCCAUCUACACGAUGGAUCAGGUUGAGGAGCUGGGCGCUUCCGCCAAUCGUCCUUGCAAGGCCCCCUCGCCUUCGGACAUUGUCACCAUCAACUACACUUCUGGGACGACCGGACCUCCCAAGGGAGUGGUUCUGACACACGAGAAUGCCGUGGCCGCCACCACGGGUGCUCUGGUCACGGUCGAACAAGCCAAAGGCGAUACGAUGGCAUCGUAUCUUCCACUUGCCCAUAUCUACGCACGUUUGUCGGAACAUGCGGCCUUCUGGGCCGGUGCUCGGAUUGGGUACUUCCAUGGCAAUAUUGUGGAGCUGGUUGACGAUCUGAAGAUACUGAAACCUACGGGGUUCAUGUCUGUGCCUCGUCUAUACAGUCGCUUUGGAAACGCAAUCCGUGCUUCGACCACCGAGCAGCCCGGUUUCAAGGGCGCGCUCUCGCGACACAUCGUCUCGACCAAGAUGGCAAACCUGAAAACCUCCGAUUCUUCCAAGGCUUCCGUAAACCACGCUUUGUACGAUCGCAUCUGGGCUAAGAAGGUCGCUAGCGCUCUGGGUUUGGAACGCACGCGAAUCAUGGUUUCCGGCUCCGCGCCGCUGGACCCUUCCCUGCACGACUUCUUGCGGGUCGCUCUCGGGGUGGAUUUCGCGCAGGGUUACGGUCUUACCGAAACCUACGCCAUGGCUUGCGCUCAGGCCCCCAAUGACCUCACUGCCGGGAACUGCGGCCGGCUCGCUCCCUGCACGGAAGCUUGUCUGGCCUCUCUGCCCGACAUGGAUUACUCGGUCGAUGACAAGCCGUACCCUCGCGGCGAACUGCUCCUCCGGGGCCCCAAUGUUUUCCGCGAGUAUUUCAAGAACCCGGAGGAGACCUCCAAGGCGAUGACGGAAGACGGAUGGUUCCAGACCGGCGACGUUUGUACCAUCGACGAAAAGGGCCGCAUCGUUAUCAUCGAUCGUCGGAAGAACGUUCUGAAGCUGGCCCAGGGCGAGUACAUUUCACCGGAGCGACUGGAGGGUGUCUACCUGUCCGAAUUGGGGUACUUUGCCCAAGGUUAUAUCCAUGGCGAGAGCGUUCAAACGUUCUUGGUGGGCAUCUUCGGAGUUCAGCCCGACAUGUUCGCGCCAUUCGCUAGCAAAGUGCUCGGCCGGACCAUCAGCGAGGCCGAUAUCAAAUCUGUUCUGAACAACGAGAAGAUCCGGGCGGCCGUGCUCAAGGAUUUCGAGCGGGUUGCUAAGAAGCACAAGCUGGCAGGAUAUGAACGGGUCAAGAACUGCGCGUUGAUGAUCGACCCGUUCACCGUGGAGAACAACCUGCUAACGCCAACUUUGAAGCUGAAGCGCCCUCCAGCUGCAAAGCAAUACCGUGCACUCCUAGAUGACCUCUACACCCAGGCGACGGCGGAGCAGUCUAGUCCUCGGGCCAAACUGUAG